AUGAUUGUAUUUAAUAUUCUGUUCACAAUCGUAGGAAUGGUUGUUUUGGCUGCUGCAUUAUACUUCUACUUUUCAACAUUUGGAGUUAGAGGUGUACAACAACACAAUAUAUUGGCGUAUGCCUAUAUUUUCAUCGCUGCCAUUGGCGCUCUGAGUUUUGUACUGGGGAUAUUGGGUUGUUGUGGUUCAUAUCACUACAGUCGGUGCUUAUUGGGCAUUUAUUUUGCUGUGUUACUGCUCAUUUUCGCUGUCGAAAUCGCUAUCGGCGUGGCUGGAUUCGUUCAUCGGGAACAAACUCGUAGGGUAAUCCACGAAACAUUGAAAGAAGGCGUCGAAGACUGGAAACGUUCAGACAAUGAAGUUCGAUGGAUGGAUGCCAUCCACGUUAUGUUUCAAUGCUGCGGUUACAAUGGACCCAUGGACUAUGGUGUUACACGAGUUCCUUCAUGUUGUUUGAAUGAUGAAUGCACUAUGGAUUUACCUCUGCUUAGUUUUAAAACGGGUUGUAAAGAAAGAAUUGACAAUAUUAUGCAUAAUUUCCUCAUUAUGUGUAUCUCAGUUAUCACAGUAGCUCUUAUUGAACUGAUUGGAUUGAUAUUUGCCAUGACACUUUGUUGCGCUGUCAGCGGACGUGAUCCGAACGCUUACUACCGAGCAGUACAAACAGCUUGA